GCAUUACGGCCCUGCGGGGUGAUAUCAAAAGAGGAUAAGUCGGUCCUGGCAAAGUUGGGCUGGCAGGCGAUCAACCUCAAGCGCCUGCUUGGUUGGCUGUGCGCUGGUUUGCGUAAAAUCAAAGGAUGGUCGCCGUGCCUGGGGGUGACACCCUCCUUCCGUCCAACCCCCCGCAGCGAACACAAGUUGCGAUCUGCAUGGCUGACCACGAAGAACUCGAUACUCCAGCCUCGCCACCGCCACCCGCAUACGAAUUCUGCCAGCAAGAGUUCGAUCAGAAGGUCUCCCACGCGCUUGAAGCUAGUGAGGCUGAGCUGCGCCGUGAGAGCACAGAGGAAGAAAGUGACUGGGAGGUCUGGGAUGAGGCUGCUUUUGCGGCGGCAGUCGCGCGACUCGCGCUUUCGGACUCGUCUCCUGGGGCGGGCAGCAGCUCUUCCCAUCCGCGAUCGCCCCCGGCCGAUGCUUCCGUGUCCUCUUCGAACACGGCACUAAGACAGGGGCAGACACAGAUCCCGAGCCCGGGGAACGGGAAGGCCAAGUCGGAUGGGCGAGAGGAUGAUGUGGGGGCCUGCGCGGAGGAUGCUUUCGGUCCCGCGAGGGGGAGCGUGCAGCCGCUUCGAAUUGUGAAAAAGGCCGCCUCGACUACGCAAUCCGGAUCGACCAAGGAGAAGGAACGGCCGAGCUGGUUCGAAGAGGCACAGCUCGACCCGGGCCCGCCUCAGAAUGCGCCGGCGCCUCAGCCUACCGCGAGCUUUCGAGCUGAGGUGCACAGGAGCGACAGCAUCAUCAGUCGCUCCGAUACGCCACCACCGGUCUUCACAGCAAUAGGUCCGUCACUCGAUGGGCCACCCUAUGAGGGCCCUAGCGUGAUUUUGACAUACGUCCCCGGGGAUUCGAGACCCGCCUCGCCGCUGCACUCACCACUGCCGACGCAGGCGUCCUUUACGGGGAUGCCUUUUGCGCAUCCGCAAUCUGGUAGUGCUGGCCGCAGGACAUUGCCGCAGCCGCCGCGGUCUUUCUCGCCGCAAGCGAUUCAACCGCGAACUACUCAUGAAUCUCUUCCUCCACCUCGAAGGCCUAUGCUUUCUUCAGGCAGUCCUCGACCGAACUCUUCCUAUCACUCACAGUCACCACAUUCUGGCCCUCGUGUAGCCUUUGACCCGAGGAUGGCAUAUGCGAGUGCGAAGUCGUCGCCUUUUCAUAUCCAGCAUGACCCGUUACCAGCAAAGGUUGAUGCAGCCGCUCUCUAUAGGCAAGUUUCUAGCUUUAUUAUGUUAUGCAUGAAAAUCAAUUGUCUGUGUGCAGCUCUGCUGUUUCCUCUCUUUACGCCCCGACUCCGGUGGCUCGAACGGCGCCAAGUGCCAAUUCGUAUGUCUCUUCUUGACGUUUAUGCUGUAAACUCCCGUUCACGAAUAUGCUCUAGUUUACCUCUCGGUUCUAACAUCUCCGGCAGCAUAUACUCCAACAACUUGGCGUCUCAUCCGCAGUCAUCGUACCACCUGCCACAGACCCAACCAGCACCGUCGCGUAGCCUCGGCAACUUCUAUGCCCCCAGCAGGGAGAAUAUGAGCUCACCUGCACCUUCCAUAGCAUCCCAUCACUCCUCUUCCUCACAUUAUUCUCCGCACCAAACCAUGGGACGCCACGAGUACCAGCGAGUAUACCAGCCAGCGCUAACUGCCCACAGGCCCGGUGCAGCAUAUCCACCUACGUCGUACCAGGCCGCACCAUCACAUCAACGUCCUACUACCCACCCAGUUACUGCGUCGGCGUAUCGAUCAACAACAUAUCAAGACACAUAUCAACCAACAUCGUACUGAGGGAUCGUGAGAAAGUGAUGUGGGCUGCGGAUGUUGUGCUCUACAACGAACUUCGAAGUUGUUAAAUUAUGUCUCAGGAACUACUUCUCUUGCUUAGUUACCGUCAGUAUGGUUUUAUCGAGUCCAUCGUUUGUAGGUCCUUUUUGUGUUAGCCUUUUCUCGCACUUCUUGUUUGCGCUGUUCAAUGACAAGAAGAAUCCCU